UUAGAACUUGAACUAUUGGUUCCAUAUCUUGGGAACUAUAUUCAUCCCUCCCAGCACUGUAUACUCUCUCUAAUAGGAGAAUGGAAUCACAAGGAUAUGUUGGUUGCAAAGCAGAUUCCUAAAACCAAGAUUAUUCUGAAUGAAGACGACACCCGCGGACUGAAACAAGGAGAUGGAUUAGAUACUUGUCAUCUUACUAUAACAAAUGAUAAAACAGAUCAGGAAUUUUAAUUGUUUAUUUCUCAAAAACUUUAUGAAUUGUUUUAUUUAAAUUUUAUUCAUAAUUAUUUUAAAAAUUAUAUCAGGGGAAAACUCAGCGGAAUACACUUUGUCUCUCAAGAAGACCAACUGAUUGCGUUUACAUAAUUCUGAAAGGAGAAGAUAAAAAAAUAGGAUACAAUGAAUCAACAUUGGAAGUUGUGAGAAAAGGAAAUAUAAGUUUUCUGAAUCUAUUUUUCCCUGGUUGCGGAGAAACUUACAGGGGUGUGAGUAUUUUCAACUACAAAAACAAUCGAACCACAAGGAAUUUACGUCUGAAAAUAAAGCAUUUCUGCCAAAUCAAGGGAGUUCCCAGGGGUAGAGUUGACUCCCUACAGUCAGGGGAUUUGAACAAUCACAAACUGAAUGUAGAACAUUACCCCAUGCUCUGGUAUUAUAGGAACUCCUACAACGGAACGGAUAGUAAGGGGGAGGUCAUCCCUUCUGGUCCUUCAUAUUCAACUUUUUACGUUUUUGCGAACAAAUUUGGAUUUGAAUAUAACUUGAACCCGGCAUGGGAAUGUACUGCUGAAAGUGAAUCAGUUUACAGUGACAGUUGUAGGAAAAUUAUAGAUGGGGAGGUAUUUAUGUACAUCGAACAUGCCAAUGUAUUGUACUAUGGAUCUGGAAAAGGCGAAUAUUUCUCUAAAGUGAAUCUGAUUCCAAUCAUAAACUCUGGAGUUACACUAAUUUGCCCUCUACCAGCUAAAUUAACAAACAUGAUGCAGAUUCUCAAUAUAUUCACAUUUCGGGUUUGGCUGGCAGUUUUUGGAGCAACUGUUCUAUCUGUUCUAUUCCUUUACUUAUUGCUGUUCUUAGAUUCAACCUUGUUGAAUUAUGAUAUGAAUAUAUCCCUUCCUAACAUUUUUUUGUACUUCUUUGGCGCGUACUUUCAAGAACCCCUAACCAGCAGAUUAAGAAAAGGGAAAAGAUUUGUGCAGUGUUUCCAGUUUUUUUGGUUGCUCUAUACUUUCUUUAUUGUUGCUGCCUGGCAAUGUGACCUAAGGGCAAACCUGAUGGCAACUGAAUAUGAACCAGAAAUAUCUUCUAUGGCCCAGAUGGCAGACAAAUCAAAUUUUGUGCUGCAUCAAACUAGAGACUUUAUGUUUGAAGAAAUCCAUAGCCAGAAAGAAAUCGACAAACUCAAGGCCGAACAGAGAUAUAUUGUACGAAAGUAAGAAAUUAUUGCUUUGUUGGGUCAGGUGGUUCAUGUGAAGAGGAUUUAGCCUGCUUAUUAACAGUCUCAUCAAUUUCUAAGACAGGGUCAACUUUGAAGUGUUGCAAUAGCGAGGGCUUUGAUCAUACUGCUUUAACUCACUUAUGCUUUUAUGUAGCCCUUUACAUGUACAUUUUAGCACUAUAACCCACUUGUUGUCAGGUUUGG